AUGGAUCUUCGUGAUAUUGUAGCCACUCGUGGCUUUGCGACCUACAGCUUGCGUCAUCCUCUGGAGGCAUUGUCAAGCUUUGGCCCAACCCUGAAUGAGGCCACCUUCGGUUACUUAGGGACAUCGUUCCAGCCAGAGCGCGACAUUCGCAACCUGGACGGCAAAGUCGUCCUUGUGACAGGAGGCAAUGCCGGCCUAGGCAAAGAGACCAUCCUCCAACUCGCCAAGCAUCGCCCGUCGCGCAUCUACAUGGGCGCCCGCACCGCGAGCAAAGCGCGUGAGGCAAUUGAAUCUCUCCAAAGCCAGCUCUCCUCCCCCGCCGAUAUCCGCUUUCUCCCUCUCGAUCUUUCUUCCUUCAAAUCUAUCCGCGCCGCUGCAGACAAGUUCCAGGCAGAUAGCGAUCGCCUGGAUAUCCUGAUCCUAAAUGCGGGUACGAUGGGCAACCCGCCCACCACAACGGAGGAGGGCUUUGAGGUCCAGCUCGGUACAAACCAUAUCGGACACUUCCUGUUUACAAAACUGCUUCUGCCUACCCUGCAGAAGACCGCUGAUCUUCAGCGCGCCAAGGAUGAGGUUCCCGAUGUGCGAGUCGUGACUGUCGCUUCGGCAGCUCACUGUGUUGGCCCCUCCACCUUUGAGGAAAUUACAUCUACACCUGGCUUGUUGGCUGCCAGUACAUGGACGCGUUAUGGUGCUUCCAAGUCGGCUAACAUCCUCUUUGCAUCCGAGCUAGCCCGCCGAUAUCCUGAUAUCUUAUCUGUCUCUGUACACCCCGGUGCGGUUGACAGCGGGCUCUAUGGACAUACAAAGAGUCUUAGCUCGACGAUGAAGUACGGUAUUAGUGCUGCUGGCUCCAUGGUAUUCCGGAAUAUCGCUAGUGGAGCCCUCAAUUCUCUUUGGGCGGCUGGCACGCAAAGGGAAAAUCUUAUCAACGGAGCUUACUACACUCCCGUUGGGUACCGUAGUGGUGGCACUGCAUCUGUGCAGAAUGCGCAAUUGGCUCACAAGCUCUGGGAUUGGACCGACAGUCAGGUUUCCAAGCGAAACUGA